AUUACAACAAACACAAUUAUAGGCAUAUUUUUUGAUCUGAUUUUUUCAAGAAAGAUCCAUUCUAUUGCCGUUUCUCUCGUCAUAUAUUUCUCCAUUUGGACAGACUGCUUUGACAGAGAAAACAGAGAACAAUAUCAACAACAAACAUGUACAUCAUAUCACCUUUUAUUUUAUUUUUUUAGCUAAAACCUUCUCUUUUUCCCGUUAAUGGAGAUUUUUAAAUGGAAGACACCACAAUAUGGACACACUGGUCAUCAAAACCCCAAAGAAAUCUCCAUUGAUAUUGAGAAUGGUGGUUCUACUCUUUUCCAUGGUUUGUGGAGUAUAUAUAUGCUCGAUCUGUUUGAAGCAAUUAAGUCCCCACACUAAGGCUAAGUUCUUAAACAUCAAAGUUAUUGAGCAUGAAAAGUUUUGUCCCUUUUCGGGUGAUCUUUACAUGCAUUAUCCAAAACCUCAAACAUUCAGAAGGGAAGAAUGUGGCUGCAACCCUGUUGGGUACUUUGCUAUACUAUCAAUGCAGAGAUCUGGGAGUGGAUGGUUUGAGACUUUGUUGAAUAAUCACACCAAUGUUAGUUCAAAUGGGGAGAUUUUCUCCGUAAAGGAAAGGAGGAGUAACAUCUCUUCGAUUCUAAAGACAAUGGAUAAAGUUUAUAACCUUGACUGGUUUACUAGUGCUUCCAAGAAUGAGUGUUCUGCUGCUGUUGGGUUCAAAUGGAUGCUAAAUCAGGGUUUGAUGGAGCAUCACGAAGAGAUAACUGAGUACUUCAAAAAGAAAGGAGUGUCUGCCAUAUUCCUUUUGAGAAGAAAUUUACUCAGGAGAAUGAUUUCUGUACUCGCAAAUUCUUAUGAUAAAGAUGCUAAGCUACUAAAUGGAACCCACAAGUCUCACGUGCAUUCACCAUUGGAGGCUCAAAUACUUGCAAAAUACAAGCCAAAGAUUAACGACACAUUAAUGAUAAAAGAACUGAACAAAGCAAAUGAGACAACAACCAGAGCAUUAGAAUAUUUCAAGACAACUCGUCAUAUGGUUCUUUACUAUGAAGAUGUUAUCAACAACCGGACCAAGCUGAAAGACGUUCAGGAGUUUCUAAAGUUACCUUACAAAGAGCUUAAGAGCCGUCAGGUUAGGAUACACACCGCCCCUUUGUGGGAUCAAGUCCAGAACUGGCAUGAUAUCCGGAAUGCACUCAAUGGGACAUCAUUUGAGACAUUUCUUCAUUAAAAUUUACUAAGGCUUAAUGCAAGACGGUGUAAAUAUCAAUUUCAUUUCAGCAUCAAUUUUUGCUCAAGAGAGAUUCUAGUUACCAUUCCCAUUUCUGGUGUAUUUAUAUAAAGCAAUUUGUGGAAACAGAAAAAUAUGUUUCCAGACAACUGUUUUUACUUGAGAUGUAACUAAACUAUCUACCUAUGCUGCCAAACAACACGUUCAAAUUAAUCUCUUUCCAACAGUUUGUCUUAAUGACAAAAA